AUGUCAUGGUUGAUGCUGAUGAGCGUCGUGAGGGAGGAGGUCUGGCGGUGGUGCGUCGUGGUUGAUGCUGCGAGUAUCGUGGUGGAGGGUCCAUUUUGCAAUUCGGCCAGUCUCCAAAGAACAUCACGUCCUUCAUCUGCCGUCGCUGCUCUCUAUUGUCGCCUCAUCAUGCAGCAGUAG